CACAAUGUGCACAGUGCGUGCGACUGUGACUGCGAUAACUUGCCAAAUUCCCAGUGGCGAGGACUUCUAGGGUCAGGGACUUCCAUCCGCGGCUUGACUGCCUAAACGCCUAAAAUAUCGACCCCAUUUCACAAAUGGUUGCGUCGGUGCCUGUUAUCAUCAGAUAAGAUAGUUGCUCACUCCUUCCAUUCGCAGACGUCAAUCUGUGUGUAUGUGAACUUCUGCUCGAAAACACCAGGUUGCGCUUGGUUGGUAGUACACCGACUGCGCGUGCGAGCGUAGAUAUCGGACGGAACAUGCAUCUAAAUUUCUCAAUCGUCCUACGACCUAAUGUUAAAUAUCCGGGCUUCCAACUUUCUUUCCCAAAAACCGGAGUGGAGACCACCAGAACUUCAACAGUUCCUCUAGACCCUCUUCUUAGUAUUAACUUCUCCAGUCGACCAUGUUGGCCAACGAUUCAUACAGCACUGCAUCCACAAGUGUUGAGCUGGGAUGUGUUCCAGACGAUACUACUGGCUUGGAGCGCAUAAUGCUUGCGGCUCAAGGCGAUUUACAGAGACUACUGAGCUCAUAUUUUGCUCGCCCUAUCUUUAUCGAACUUAUCUAUGCGCACUGCUCUUCUCGUCUUGAGCCAGCAUGUCCAGAGAAACCCAUCACACAAUCACGACAGGUACAUCUCGUAUGUGCGUCACGCACCGUCUGCGUUGCGACAUCUACUGUUACCAUCACGUCUCCCGAGUGCGAACGCCUAUUUCUUGACGAAAAGUUCCCAAUCGGGCAGACCUUCCGACGCCUUAACCGUACUCCGAAGUUUAGUCUCCUCAGUGUAGAGACGCAAGCAAUCGGUGGACAGCGUGAACUUCGGAGAACGUAUAAGCUGGAAACCGAGGGCUUUGUUGCAGAAAUCUUGGAAGUAUUUCCGGACAGAGACAUGUUCGUCCGUGGCGAGGCAUGGUUGAUGGAGCGGAGGGCUGACUUAGACACCACUUGCACCAUCUCGACAGAAAAGCCUGAGUGGCUAUCCGUACGCAAGGGAAAUGUUGUUCAUUAGGGCUCGAGAAACCUCCAUACAUUACUUGUAAAACAUUUCGCCGUCAUACCGUACGUGUAUAAUUUUAUCUCGUCUGUUCAGACUACGAAAGAAAAUUUUGUAUAUUAGGAUUCACUAGACCCCCGUGGAUUUUUGUCUUUCAUUCGCGAGCUGUGUUUGCGAUUUUUAUAUAUUCGUCACUGGGUCACUUCCACAAUUCACAUAAUCGAUUGACUGGCACCGCACCCAUAUUAAAUAUUGAUAGACACCGCUCCCUCACCUAAGACCUUUGUUCAAGUUGCCCAAUCAGGCGUAAGAUUUGAGUGUUCCCAGCACACAUUGGUUAAUUGAAUAGAUGUCAGGCUGGC